GGAAGAGUAAGUUCCAGGUGGAAUCAUUGUGGCAGCAUAAGUGAUUGGGUCGUACGUCCAGGAACUGGGACUUAGCAAGGGCCCCUAAAACGCUAAAAUAUUUCUAAUUUAUCCCUAUCGCCUUUUGGAGUAAUUCUCUAUUUUAUUAACUUACAACAAAUACUCGUUGUCUUCUCAACCUUUUUUUUUUAUUAUCUCCUUCCUUCCUCUUCCUUCCCUAUCACCAUUCCCAGCUGGGUACAUUCUUUUAUCCUCUAGGAAAGGGAUCAUUAGACGACCACCAUCGCAUUGUUACUCCACCAUGGCUACAAUGAAUACUACCCUUGUGGGUGCUUUUAGCCAUCCCGAUACUUAUCUUAGCGUCUUCGAGGAGGUUUCCAAGUACAAUGUUCAGCUCAAUGUUGUUGAGCGCUUAUGGGCUGCUUGGUACCUGUGGAUGCAAAAUGACGUGUUGGCGACAGGUAUCAUGAGUUUCAUGAUGCACGAAAUCAUCUACUUCGGCCGGUGUAUCCCUUAUAUGGUCCUCGACCGCAUUCCCUACUUCAACAAGUACAAGAUUCAGAACCAGAAGAUCCCGACGUGGAAGGAGCAGUGGGAAUGUGCUGCUUUGGUGCUUCUGAGCCAUGUUACAGUCGAAUUGCCUCAGAUCUGGCUCUUCCACCCAAUCGCCACCUAUUUCGGCAUGGAUUACGGUGUCCCCUUCCCCAAGAUCCAGACUAUGGCCCUACAAAUCUCAGUCUUCUUUGUCAUUGAAGAUGCAUGGCACUAUUGGUUCCACCGAGCUCUGCACUAUGGUCCUCUAUACAAGAUGAUUCACAAGCUACACCACACUUACUCGGCGCCUUUCGGUCUAGCCGCUGAGUACGCUUCGCCGAUCGAGACUAUGCUCCUCGCGCUUGGAACAGUCGGAAGUCCCAUUGUUUGGGCCUCUGUAACUGGCGAGCUCCACCUCUUCACUAUGUACAUGUGGAUUGUCGGUCGUCUCUUCCAGGCUAUCGAUUCCCACAGCGGAUACGACUUCCCCUGGAGCUUGAGGCAUUUCCUGCCCUUCUGGGCUGGUGCUUACCACCACGAUGUUCACCACGAGAAGUUCAUUGGCAACUACUCCUCCAGCUUCACAUGGUGGGACUGGAUGCUAGACACCGAAUCCGGCCCCGAGGCCGCCAAGCGCCGCAGGGAGAGGAAGGUCCAGGCCAUGAAGGCCAAGAAGGCCGAGUAAAGAGCCAAAUCCUCGGUUUGGCAAUAGGAUAACAUUUGGGGGCGUUUAUGGCGGUUCAAUCAGCAAUCUAUUAGUAUUGCCGCCGGUUUCCCCGAGGUUUACUUGCUCCUGGUUAUCAGAAAUGCUGGUCACUGAGGAAGGAGGAAGUUUUGAGCCCUCCCUAAUUGCAACAACAGACGCAGUACAUAGAACGAAAGCACCCAGCGAUUUUUUGCGUCGAUCGUUAAUUCUAUAGAUAUUUGGGUGGUUUAACCGCGGUGGCUUGGGAACCGCACACACCACCAAACUUAAUACUACCUUUGUAAUUGUUACGAAGAGAAGAGAAAACUGCCCAUAGAUUAAUAACGAGCUCGGUGUGUCCCUACGAUGGAGCCCGAAGCAGACUACCUACAUAAAACAUGAAUCCUGCUACCUAGUGUCUUAAUCGCGUGAAUAGGUAUGUGA